CCUGCUGUCUGGGUCUGUGAGAGUGUGUGUUUCUGGGCUUCCCCGACUCCGAGCCGAGCUGAGCUCACACACUCCUGAGCAUUUAAGGACGAGGACCAGGAGGAAGAGGAGGGCCAUGGAGCACAGCCACAUCUUCCCCCUCCUUUCCCCCCCCAACAGCAGUGCCUGGAGCCCAGGGCAGCAGCUGGCCGACACUCCCCAGGGUUGCCCCCUCGGACCACUGCCCGUCAUCUACUACAGCGCCCUGCUCUGCCUCGGCCUGCCCGUGGCCAACAUACUCACUGUCAUCAUCCUCUCCCAGCUGGUGUUACGGCGUCAGAAGUCCUCCUAUAACUACCUUCUGGCGCUCGCUGCCGCUGACAUCCUGGUCCUCCUGCUCAUCGUCUUCGUCGACUUCAUAUUGGAGGACUUCAUUUUGGGCGCACCCCUUCCCCCCUCCCUCAACAAGGCAGUCCAGGUCCUGGAGUUCUCCUCCAUCCACACCUCCAUCUGGAUCACGGUCCCCUUGACCGUUGACCGUUAUAUUGCAGUCUGUCACCCGUUGAAGUAUCAUAGCGUUUCCUACCCGGCCCGCACACGGCGGGUCAUCAUGGGCGUCUAUAUGGGGUGUUUGGUGUCUGCUGCGCCUUACUACUGGUGGCCUGAGCUGUGGCAUGGUUUACCUGGAGGUGGUACAGGAAGUGGAGGAAGGGGGAGUAGUAGUAGUGCUGCGCAGCAUGUGCUAGUCUGGGUGCACUGUGCGACUGUCUAUCUCCUCCCCUGCUCCGUCUUCUUCUCCCUCAAUGCAAUGAUCGUCAGGAAGCUCCAGCGCCGUCGCAGCUGCUUCCGCCUGCGCGGCUACUCCACGGGCAAGACCACCGCCAUCCUACUCGCCAUCACUUCCGUUUUUGCCGUCCUCUGGGCACCACGCACCGUCGUGAUCCUUUACCACCUGUACACGGCGCCGCCGGCGUCCCCGGGUCCCGCCCGCCUUCUGCACCUCCUAACCGAUGUGGCGAACAUGCUAGCUCUCCUAAACACCGGGGUCAACUUCUUUCUCUACUGUUUCAUCAGCAAGCGUUUCCGGACCAUGGCGGCCACGGUUCUCCGGACGUUGUUCCGAUGCCGUAAGCAGCCGCCGCCGUUCUACGCUGGACACAACUUCUCUAUCACCAGUAGCCCCUGGAUCUCCCCUGCUAACUCCCACUGCAUCAAGAUGCUGGUAUACCAGUACGAUAAGAACGGCAAGCCCAUCUGCAUCUCCUCGUGAGGAGGGAAGUGUGGAGGGUUUCCCUGACGACCGACCUUGAUGAUGACCCGAUUCUGGGACUCUUUGAGCUUUUCAAAUGUCAACAGACAUUUAGAGUGGAGGGCUGGAAAGGUGGAGGAGAGGAAAGGAGAGUUAGAGGAGAGGUGAUGAGAGGUGGAGGAGAGGAGAUGGAGGAGAGGAGAGGUGGUGGAGAGGAGAGGUGGAGGAGAGAAGAGCGUCUGAGAAGAGGAGACAGAAAGAUAUGUGGUUGGUGUAUGAAUACGCAACAAUCUAUCUAUCUAUCUGAAGUGAGAGAAAGAAUGUUUGAGAAGAAGAAGAAGAAGAAAAGUUGAGAAAUCAAGUAGGAAUGUUGCUGAGCACAAACAGCAGAACAGAACUCACAACCCAGCAACAGUGUGUUGAGAACCAUCUCUCCACUCGUUCAUGCGGAAAAGCAAUCUAACAGACUGAUCAUUCAGCCUGGAUAACUGCCUGUCUUUUUGACUGUAUUACUGCUCCGACAGUGUCUGACGAUGAGCUUUGACUGUGAUCAGGGACUGAUAAACGAGCAUCAUGGCGGCUGCUUAUUACUGGGUUUUAUAGCCAGCCAUUUGUAAAUGGGAAUGGAGAGUGACAACUGAGGAAUUCCUCUGUGACAUAUCAACCUCGCUUUGACAUUGGGACGUUUUUGGUACUGUCUCUGAUAUACUGCUGUCGACGGAUGGGGAGGAGGAGGUGAUGGGGGAGGGAUGGUGGGAGGAUGAGGGAGGCUCUGAAUCUGAACAGAUGGCCAUCAUCCAACAGGAGCCCUCUCUAGUCAAAGAGUUCAUCGCAGAGACUCUCAGCGAGAGAAACCACUCACCUUUGAAGAGGUACCCGUGGCAUUGAUGCUCAAGUCUUUAGUGAUGGCCUUAGAUGAUUUGAUUCACAAUCACUACCAUGUCCCCUGACGUGAUUUGAAACUCUGCUGACAUUUCCUGUUAAUAUAUAGUGGGUCUCAGAGGUGCAUUAGACAUCACAAGAGACUUUUUAUAAAAAAACGGAUCUGUGGAUUUUAAGAUGUUCUCGGUGAGUGAAUUCAUCAAAGAUGGAAGGGAUUGGGAAAGAUAACCAUCCAAUCAGGAGCCAUCUCACAGGUGUUGGUAAGGAUAAGUAGGAGUUGCCUGUUGUUGUCAUGGUGAAGGAUUAUGGUAGACUUAACUGUUAGAUCAGUGUUCUUUAAUACCGAUCUUGACGACACAUACAUGUGCAGGUUUUUGUUCUAGCCCAGUACUAACACACUUGAUUCAGCGAAUCAACUGAUCAUCAAGCAAUUUGAGUGGUUGAAUCAAGGUGUGCUAGGUGUGUUAGUGCUGGGACCAGGAUUGAAGGACAUUGUUGUAGACGCACAAAAAUAAAGCUAAACAAUUACAGCAAAACAAGUAGAGGUUCCAUAGGAUCAGUAAUCUUGGAACCAUGGAUUCCACCAUUUUAAAAGGAGGACAUUACUACCAUUUUAAAGAGUCUUCAAUUAAAUAUUGGUUGUCUUUGAUGAUUGUCUUAGUCAUAUUAGAAUGAAUGUAUUUGUGCAGCUCUCAGACCCUUAACUUUAUAUCACUGACUAGAUUGUGUGUGUGUGUGUGUGUGUGUGUGUGUGUGUGUGUGUGUGUGUGUGUGU